UGGGGGGGAGCGGUGGCGGCGCUGCUGCCGCCAAGAUGGAGUCGGUAGCGCUGGUGGCGCCGGUGACAGCCCUGGAGUUCGCGGGGGACACGCUGCUGGCGGGUAUGGGCCCGGAGGUGGUGGCGUUUCGACUGAGCGGCAGCGGGCCAGCGGAGGCGGCGGGCCGGCGGAGCGUGCUGCGUGAGGCCAGCGUGCAGGGGCUGCGGGCCGAACCGGGGCCUGGGCCGGCGGCGCGAGUAGCGGUCUUCGGUGGGCGCUGGCUGGCAGUGCUGGCAGUGCGGCGCGACGGAGCGUGCGGCGGGCCACGGCUGGCGGCGUGCGGCGGCGGGGCCGCGCGGGAACUCGGGGCGCGGGUGUGGGAGGUGCGGUGGAUGGCGGGCGGGCGGCUGGCGCUGGCGCUGGGCGGUGGGACCGUGGCGCUCUACGAGUGGCGGGGCGGUGGGCGCUGGCUGCGGCGGGCGAGCUGUGGCGGGGCCGGGGCGCUGCGCUGCGCCGUGCUGGCGGGGGUAGGCUGGGCGCGGCUGGCGCUGGCGGCCGGCACGGCGACGGGGGCCGUGGUGGUGUGGCGGGCGGCGGCGGCGGCGGCCCCGCAGCGGCAGCUGCGCGGGCACCGAGGCGCGGUGCUAGCGCUGUGCUACGCGGCGUCGCGGGGGCUGCUCGCCUCCGCCUCCGAAGAUCGCAGCGUGCGGCUCUGGGCCGUGGGCGAGUUGGGCGGCGGGGAGGGAGACGGGGCCAGCGCCUGCCUGCUGGUGUGCUACGGGCACGGGGCGCGAGUGGCCGCCGUGGUGCUGCGGGGGCCGCUCCCGGUCAGCGCCGGGGAGGACGGCGCCUGCCUGGAGUGGGGCGGCGGCGGUGGCGUGCGGCGGGCGCGGCGCGGGCACCGCGGGGCCCUGCGCGCCUUGGCCCUGCGCCCCGCCGGCGGCCGCCUGGCCACGGGCGGCGACGACGGCGGCGUCCGGCUCUGGCGGCCCCGGCGGGCGGCCCCGGAGGCGUUCCCGGUGGUUGCGGCGCUGGGGGCCCCGGAGCGCCCGCGGGCCGUGCUGCUGGUAGGGCCGCGGCGGGUGCUGGCGCUGGGCGAGACGGGCGGGCUGGCGACGUUCGAGGCGGCUCAGGGGCGGUGGGAACCGGUGCUGCACCCCACCGCCAGUGGGCCCCGCGCCGUGCUGGCGGCCGCCCCGCUGCACGGACGAGACGAGACUCUCUGCGCCGUGGCCGGCGGCGACGGGCGCCUCCUCCUUUUCGCCUUGAGCCGGCCCGGGGUCGCCGCCAAGCACAGGCUGUUCGAGGGGGCAGUGCACGGGCUGAGCUGGGCCCCCCGCCCCGGGUUGCCCCCCGCCACCGCUGCUGCCCUUCUGGCCUCCGGGCCCGACGGGGAGAUGCUCUGGCUGGACGUCACCCACCGCCCCGGGCAGGCACCCUGGGUGCGGCUCAUGGGUCGGUACCUGCUGCCCCCCUGCAAGCAGCGCUGGCACACCUGCGCCGCCUUCCUGCCCCAGGAAGGGCUCCUUGUCUGCGGGGACCGCCGGGGCUCCCUCCUCCUCUUCUCCUGCAGCAGCUCCUCGGGGUCAGCUGCAGAAAGCACCAACAUUGCCAAUGGUGGCACUGACCCGGUCGUUGAGGACUCCAGCAAUGAGUUGGAGCCCUCUUGCUUGUUGCACAAAGGGGCUCUUCCUCUUGAGUCCCCACUGUCAGUGCUCUUCGGACUCCAUGGGAAGACAGGAGUUACCUCGGUGACCAUCCACAGGGGCUACAUUUACAGCACUGGCCGGGAUGGUGUCUACCGCCAGCUCCGCCUGCAGGACCAGCAGCUGGAGGUCCUGCAGAAGCACAGGCCCUGCAAAGGGCUGCAGUGGAUUGAGGAGCUGCGCUUCACCUCAGAUGGGGACCUGCUUGUGCUGGGCUUUCACGCUGACAACUUCGUUGUGUGGAGCAGCAGAACCGGCGAGAAUCUCCACUGCAUCCCCUGUGGAGGCGGGCACCGCUCCUGGAGCUAUUACAGCAGCCCCUUGGCCGAGGUGUUCGCCUUUAUCAAGUCUGGGGAUGUGAUGCUGUACCACCGCGAGGCUGAGCCCUGCGAGCAGCAGGUGCUGCUGGCAUCCCUGCACGGCCGGGAGAUCACCUGUGUGCGGCACCUGGGGGCCAUGGAAGUGCCCGGCCAUGCCACCCUUAAUGUGUUUGUCACCGGCAGUGAGGACACCACAGCCUGUGUCCUGGUGCUCAGUGAGAACUCUCGGGCAGCCAUGCCCCUUGCCCGCCUCAGUGACCACAUUUCCAGUGUGAGGGCAUUGGCAUUUGCCAUGGGACCUGGAGAUGAGGGUUUUGGUGAUGAGGGCUUGUCUGCCCUGCUCUUCUCUGCAGGUGGCCGGGCACAGAUUGAGUGCUACCAGCUGCUGUGCACUGGGGACACAGUAUCUAACAGUGCUGUGGCCUGCCAGGUCAUCCAUGUGGCCUCCCACCGCCUGGACAAGCACUGGGAGCAGAAGAAGAACAGGCACAAGCUUGUCAAGAUGGACCCAGAAACAAGGUACAUGUCCCUAUCAGUUGUGCCUGGGACCACCACCAAGCAGCUGCCAACACCCUGGAAGUUCCUGGCUGCUGCCUGCAGUGAUGGAUCAGUCCGGAUCUUUGGGCUGCUGGAGGCUGCUCGGAAGUUGGUGCUAGUGGCAGAGUCAUUUCACCACCAGCGCUGUGUACUGAAGGUGGAGGCGUUCCUGCACACAUGGGCAGAAGGGGAGAGGAGGCACCUCCUGUGCAGUGCAGCCACUGAUGGCAGCGUUGCCUUCUGGGACAUCACUGGCCCCAUCGUGGACGCGGUGGAUGCCCUGCACCAAGCAGAGGGAGAGAUGCAGCCCUUGGCCCUGGACACCCCACUGGUCACCAUCAUGGCCCACAGCUGCGGAGUGAACAGCCUCCACAUCCGCAAGACACCCGAGGGACAGUACCUGGUGGCCAGUGGCAGCGAUGAUGGCUCCAUCCAUGUCUGCCUGCUGGAGGUGGCCCUGGGCAGGGGUGAGGCCGCAGCAGGGACCUGCCUGCAGGUCCUGGAGCGGGUGUCUAGGCCCUGUGCCCACGCUGCCCACGUGACGGGGAUCCGGGUGCUGCGGCCAGACCUGCUGCUCUCUGCCUCAGUGGACCAGCGUCUGACACUGUGGAACCGGCUCCCGGGCGAGCUGGUCCCCCUCAGCAGCACCUUCUUCCAUGUGCCUGACCUGGCCGAGCUGGACUGCUGGGAGGUGGUAGAGGCCGGGGGCGAGCUGCGGUACUACUGUGUGCUCUGUGGGCAGGGCCUGGAGAUGCUGUGUGGCACAGCCCCCUCCAAACCUCCUCCACAAAGAGGCUCCCCAGUAAUGGGGUAGGUGUGUGACAUAUCAAGGUCCCUUCCUGCAUUGGGAGGGCACCCUGCGCUUGGGCUCUGCCCAUCACUGCGGCCCCUGCCUUCAGCCUGCACACUGAUGUGUCCUGUCCUGAGAGGACAGGCAUGUUUGGCUCCUUUAGGGGCAGCACAGCCAUGGCUGCGGUGCUCAAAACUGGUGGUCUCAAGGAAGAAGGCAGAUGUGAUCCUGCCUGGACAAGCCUGGGGCUCCCCAUGCAGUAAAGAAGUGGGGUUGUCAGUCCCCCUUGCCCAGGAGAAGCUCUUUCUCUCCAAGGUGUGAAGGACUCAUGCCUGGGCUUUCCGAUCUUGGUCACAGAGAGGAGCUGUGCAGGGGAAGGCACUGAGGCCAUGGCCUGGCCCUGGUAGCUUGAGAGCAGGAGGAGGCCAGGAAGGGUCCAGGCACUGGUGUGACACAUGGUGGGCUGCAGCCUUGUGUGCCCUGAGACAGGGCCCUGUGUGAUAGUCCUGGCCCUCCAGUGCUGAGGAUGGUGCUGAAAUGCACAAGGAUGCUGACCCUCACAGCAGCACCCUGUGGUGUGAGGGGGUGGCUGCCCACAAAUGCCACGUGGGUUGUUCCUGCACAGCAGAAGGACCCAGGACAGUCAGAUUGAAGGAGGACAAAGAACCCUGAUGUCAGACACACAGAGCAUUUGUCCAGCAAGAAGUGUAUUGGACCCCAGUACUGGGGCCUGGCUCAGAGCCCAGUGGGAGCCUGGAACCUCAGGAGCUCCCUGCCAGCAUGGAGCUCCCUCCAAUAAACAGUUUUUAGGGAAGUGAA